AUGACAGUAAAUACAAUUUGCACCGCACGCGGUAAGAUAGAUUUGGUGGCGCAAGGAGUCGGAACACCCGUCGCAAAAUCCCCUCGUUUGGUGACGCUGUUGCAGCGCGCUUUUGCUAUGUUUGGAAAGAGUUUUCCUGAGGAAGUCGCACUUGUAAACCCUCGUAGCUCCGGCCAGGCAAUCGCAGCUUCUGUGUCUGUGACGGUUAGUAAGUAUUUUCCCGGGGACAACUAG